UGACGUGGCAGACCACCGUGCCGUGCGAGCAGGAUCGUAUCGUGUGUUUGGCGCUGACCUGCGGGCCCGCGCGCGCUCGUCGCCGUUGGUAUAAAACGCCCGGAGACUUCCCCCCCAGCAACCGUCCAAGGGAGUCCAGCAGCGCCCGCGCACUAGCAGAGUGAAGUGAAGAGCAGAAGAAGCUUCUGUCGUCGUGUCACUGUGCCUGUGCGUGAGGAGAGAGGUCGCUGCAGCGUUCGUGCUUUCAUGGUGGCUGCAGCGCGUGCUCCGCUUCUCAGAAAGCCGCCGGCGAGGGAGGAGGAGGGGGAGGCGGAGGGGAUGCCGGUGGUGGCGGAGGAGGGGUUGUCGGACCUGGAGACGGCGUCGUCGACGGGGGCGCCCAACUCGAGCCUGAGCUCGGCCAGCAGCGCCGGCAGCGUCGCGCGGUGCUCCAGCCUCUCGCGGCUCUCCUUCGACUGCACCCCGUCGGCCGCCAUGGCGGCGGCGGCUGCGGCUACCGCCGCCUGCGGCUCCCCGCGCCCGUCCGUGGCGUUCCGGCCGCACCGGUCCAGCGACGCGGCGUGGGCGGCCAUCCGCGCGCUCUCGGCCUCCUCCCCGGCGACGCCGCUCGGCCCCGCGGACUUCAAGCUGGUCCGGCGCGUCGGCGGCGGCGACAUCGGCACGGUCUACCUCUGCCGCCUCCGGACCUCGGCGUCCGCGUGCCUCUACGCGAUGAAGGUGGUGGACCGCCGCGCCGUGGCCAAGAAACACAAGCUGGAGCGCGCGGCCGCCGAGAGGCGCAUCCUGCGGCUGCUCGACCACCCGUUCCUCCCCACGCUCUUCGCCGACUUCGACGCCGCCCCGCGCUUCUCCUGCGUCGUCAUGGAGUUCUGCCCCGGCGGCGACCUCCACUCCCUCCGCCACCGCAUGCCCUCCCGCCGCUUCCCGCUCCCCUCCGCGCGCUUCUACGCCGCCGAGGUGCUCCUGGCGCUCGAGUACCUGCACAUGAUGGGCAUCGUCUACCGCGACCUCAAGCCGGAGAACGUGCUGAUACGCGCCGACGGACACAUCAUGCUCACCGACUUCGACCUGUCGCUCGAGUCCACGUCGUCGCCGUCGCUCCAGCCCGCCGUCCCCAACGAUGAAGAGGAAGUGCCGGAGAACGUGUCAUGCUUCCCGAUACGUUUCAAGCGGCGGAGGCACCGUCGCCGGUGCGCGGCGUCCCCCCCGCGGUUCGUGGCGGAGCCUGUGUCAGCGCGGUCGUGCUCGUUCGUCGGCACGCACGAGUACGUCGCCCCGGAGGUGGCCGGCGGGGGCGCGCACGGAGCCGCCGUGGACUGGUGGGCCUACGGCGUGUUCCUCUACGAGCUCCUCCACGGCCGCACCCCGUUCGCCGGCGCCACCAACGAGGACACGCUCCGCAACAUCGUGCGCGCCCCGCUCACCUUCCCCACCUCCUCCGGCGCCGGCUGCCACGCCGACACCGCGGCGGCGCGGGACCUCAUCGCGCGCCUGCUCACCAAGGACCCCGCCGCCCGCCUCGGGUCCCGCCACGGCGCCGCCGACGUGAAGGCGCACCCCUUCUUCAAGAGCCUCAACUUGGCGCUGCUCCGGUCGUCCAGGCCGCCCGUCGUCCCCAGCGCCCCGCUGCACCGGUCGCAGUCAUGCAAGACGCCGGCGUCGCGCAAGCCGGACACGAAGCGCUUCGACCUCUUCUGACCGGCCGACGUCGUCCUCCUCCUCCUCCUCCCCGAGUCAACACCGGCGGCCGGCAGGCUGGACACAAACCUCUCCUCCGGCCAUCUCGUGCCGACGUUAACCCCUUGAUAAUUACUCCUAGCUAGCGCAUGCAUGCAUUGACCUAGCCUACUACUACUACUAUAGCAGUAUAGCUGCCAGUGCACCGUUGUAGUACAAUCAACUGUUAAUCACGCAUCUCAGUACUUACCGUUAA